AUGUUCUUCCUGCCCCCUCCGGCACCUCGCUAUGUAAAUCCAGUCGCAUACGCUGCCGGCACAUCGAACGGUCUACCAGUCCCCAUAACUGAAGUUAUCAAUGUUUUGAAACAUCCAGAAGGAGGUUGUCCUUUGCAAGUUGGUGAAGGGACAUAUGAGCUCAGGGAGGACGUUCAUCUCGCUACGCCGCCGCCGCACCCUUCGGAACCACCAUUAAUAAACCCAAACCCUUUAGCUACCGGCAUUACUCCACCAACUGUUGGUGCGAAGCUUUCUCUUGCUAUUCUGAAACCCACUGGAAGUGGUGCUCAACUCUACAAAACCAACACUCGAACAAGCAUAACAUCAGACCUACGAAGCGUUAAUGAGAGUGAUAGUGCUGGUCGCUCAUCAAGUGAACCCCAUGUAAACGCGUCUACUCAGGCUCCACCGUUCGGUGAGGGUAGUCUUGCCCUGGCUAACAGUGGAGGCAGAGACACAACUGGGUCAAAGAGAAGGAAGCCAAAGAACAAUAUUCAAAAGAGUGGAUCAUCGUUCAUUUCUCGGGUCAUACUUCAAGAUGCGAUGCUGAAGAAGGUUACCGAAAGGACUCAUGAUAGCCCUUUCGUGUUCGCCAACCUCAACCGAUCCUUUCAAUGGCUGGACUAUUCCGUUCCUAACAAGCAGGAAUUUCUUACAAAGAUCCUUUUCACAAAGGCGCAUAUUCUUAGUCAUGAUGUGAAUCAGAUAACUAAAAGUAUGAACCAUCUGGAUCUAGCCAUGGGAUCUUCGGCAGGAGACAUUCUAUGGUACGAGCCCUUCUCACAAAAGUACUCCCGGAUCAACAAAAAUGGUGCUAUCAGGAAUUCACCGGUAAACCACAUUAAAUGGAUUCCGGGGUCUGAGAAUCUAUUUUUAGCUGCACACUCGGAUGGGUGCUUGGUAGUAUAUGACAAGGAGAAGGAUGAUUCACCGUUCACGCCCGAAGAGUCGGAUAAUACUACGCUGUCUUCUGGUGGAGGAAGCCAAAGCAAUACCCAUUCAUCUUUGUUUAAAAUUUUGAAAUCGGUCAACUCCAAGAAUCAGCGCACCAACCCGGUUGCGGUUUGGAAAUUAUCCAACCAAAAAAUUAACAAUUUUGCAUUUUCUCCAGAUCACCGCCAUUUGGCCGUAGUUUUGGAAGAUGGAACGCUGAGGAUUAUUGACUAUUUGAAAGAAAAGCUACUUGACUUAUAUACAAGCUACUAUGGAGGCUUAAUCUGCGUGUGCUGGUCACCAGAUGGAAAAUAUAUACUAACGGGUGGACAAGAUGAUUUGGUAUCAAUCUGGUCCUUUCCGGAACGCAAAAUUGUUGCCCGCUGUCAAGGACACAAUUCUUGGGUGUCGUGCGUUGAAUUUGACCCAUGGCGAUGUGACGACCGAACUUAUAGGUUUGGUAGUGUUGGUGACGAUUGUCAACUUCUUCUCUGGGACUUUAGCGUAGCUAUGCUACAUCGCCCCAAGGCGGUUACUGCACGCCAUAGAAGUAACCCCCAAUCUCCUAGCAACAGACCGCAUGCAGACAGCCUUACUACACGAAACAUGCAUUCUGAUUCUCUUCGACCUGGGGAGGAGCUUGAUCAGACAACUAUAAUUCACCCUGUCGAGUUGUGGUCGAGAACAGCACAACUACCACCAAUCAUGUCCAAAGCUGUGGGGGAGGAUCCAAUAUCUUGGUUGGGAUUCUUACAAGAUUCUAUCAUGACCUCCUCACUUGAAGGGCAUAUACGGACGUGGGAUCGGCCAAGUGAAACUGCGGGUGAACCGAAUGCUUCCGCAGCCGGCUCAUCCGUAGCCGUUGGCUCACUUCCUCGAUCUAUGGAUGGGACCCAGAACCAGUAA